AUGCGCUUCUCCGCCCCCAACUUGAUCAGUUUGGUUGGACUGCUAUCAGCGUCCGCCUCUCUGGUCCGCGCCGAUGAUAACCACACCGACUUCAUGAGCGUGCGAGAAAAUCUCGCUAAAGAUUACCCAAGCCAGGGCGAGAUUCCAACUGAGAAAUACUUCACGGAAUCUACCUUCCAUUAUCACUAUGAUGGCCGCUUCGCCAACGCAACCCUCCCCGAAGAAAAAGUUACUCCUCACCUCUCCGCAUUAAUCCAGACAUAUCUCACGACAAUGUCAUCAAUCGGCGCUGAAACUUGGAUCAUGCACGGAACACUUCUAGCGUGGUGGUGGAAUCAAAAGAUCUUCCCAUGGGACAACGACCUGGACGUGCAAAUCUCCGAGCCCACCAUCCACUUCCUUGCCGACUACUACAACAUGACCGAGCAUCACUUCGACCUUCCGGACGUCGAGAAAGGCCGUACAUAUCUCCUAGAAAUCAACCCCAAUUACGUGGUCCGCAGUGAGAAGGACAGGUUAAACGUCAUCGACGCCCGGUGGAUCGACAUGUCGUCCGGCCUCUUCAUCGACAUCACCGCCGUGCGCAAGGACGAAGGCAAGCGCGAGCGCGGCGAUUCCGAGGCUCUCAUGUGCAAGGACCGACACCACUAUCAGGAGAGCCAGAUCUUCCCCCUGCGCGACAGCUACUUCGAAGAUGUCCCUGUGAAGAUCCCCUACGCCUACACCGAGCUGCUGGAGGAGGAAUAUGGCCCCCGUUCACUCACCAACAAGAACUUUCAGGGUCACAGUUUCAAUGAGAGCUCCAAGAUCUGGGAGGCCAUCAAGCGCAAAAUGAGGCGUUUCCUGCGCCGGGACAAGGGCGCGAGUGACCUGCCCACCCGUUCACCUGGCACCGAACCGGCCAUCCGUAUGGAUGCGGCGUAA